GGCAGCGAAUUUUUCUAUUUAAAAUUUGAGGAAUAUUCCCUGAUAUUUCUCAUCAUUCUCAAUGAGCUCGAAAUACGGACUUCUCGUGUUAAAUAGCAAAAAUGUGCAAAAACUGAAGCAAUUGCUCACGUCUGCGGCCGCCGCGUUAAGCUCGAAGCUUUAUGUGAGAUUAAACCCGGACGAGCCGCGAACCGACGAGCUAGUCUCGAAAAUCUACCUAACAUCGGCGAGCUCAUGCCCGAAGCUCGACGUCCGUCUAGUUGUGUCGGAAAUCCGCGGAAAUCCCGAGAAUUAUGUGCUAAUCGGCGAGGAAAAGCUGCUGGAGAACGCGGAAAAAUUGGCGGCGGCGAAAAAGUACAAAAAAGUCGUGUUGGGCGGCACAUUCGAUCGGCUUCACAAUGGGCACAAAGUGUUGCUCAACAAGGCUGCCGAGCUCGCUUCUGAUGUUAUUGUCGUGGGGGUCACCGAUAAGGAUAUGAUUAUUAAAAAAUCAUUAUUCGAGAUGAUUGAGCCUGUGGAGUUUCGGAUUAAGAAAGUUGUCGAUUUUGUAGAGGAUAUUUCCGGGACUGCAAAAUGUCUCGCGGAGCCAAUAAUCGACCCAUUCGGUCCUUCAACACGAAUAAAAGACCUCGAAGCGAUAGUAGUGUCCCGGGAGACCAUUAAAGGUGCCGAUGCGGUGAACAAAAAGAGAAAUGAGCAAGGAAUGUCGCAGCUGGAUGUGAUAAUUGUCGAGCUGGUGGAAGGAUCCGAUGAGAUCCUGAAAGAGACAAAGAUCAGCUCAAGCUCCAGACGACGAGAGGAUCUGGGUCACUUGCUCCGUCCAGCUCGGGCGGUUCCAAGAGAAACGGGCGCCCCGUACAUCAUUGGGCUCGCCGGAGGAAUUGCGUCGGGAAAAAGUCAUAUCGGGAAAUAUCUCCGUGAAACGCAUAAUUUCGAUGUUAUCGAUUGUGAUAAGCUCGCACACACGUGCUAUGAACGGGGAAGCUCGUUGAAUCGAAAAAUCGGCGAACAUUUUGGAGGGGAUGUCGUUGUCGAUGGAGUUGUAGACCGCCGGAAGCUUGGAACGAUUGUGUUUUCGGAUAAGGUGAAGCUCCGCGAGCUGAGUGAGCUUGUUUGGCCGGAGGUGAAAGAGAAAGCUAUGGAGAUUGUGAAGAAGUCGACGGCGAAAGUUGUUGUCAUCGAAGCGGCCGCACUAAUCGAAGCCGGAUGGCACAAAACGCUCGCCGAAACGUGGACCGUCUUCGUGCCAGCAGAUGAAGCCGUCCGUCGAGUCGUUGCGAGGGAUAACCUGACUGAAGAUCAGGCCAAGGAUCGCAUGUCGUCACAGAUUUCGAAUAAGGAACGUCUCGACAAUAGCAACGUGGCGUUGUGCUCUCUGUGGGCGUACGAGGAGACUCAUGCACAGGUCGAUCGAGCUGUGGAAGAGUUGAUGAAGAGAAUUUUGUAGAUUUUGUAGAUUUACUAGUUAAUUGUGUAUUAUUAUGAGACCACGAAAUUUUAAAAUUGCGUAUUGAACAACAUAUUUGACGCGCAAAAUAUCUCGUAGCGAAAACUACAGUAAUUCUUUAAAUGGAUACUGUAGCGUGCUAGUGUCGAUUUACGGGAUCUCCAUUUUUCCUACAAUUCUUUAGGUUCUUUAAGAUUCCCGUAAAUCGACACUAGCGCGCUACAGUAUCCAUUUAACGAAUUACUGUAGUUUUCGCUACGAGAUAUUUUGCGCGUCAAAUGUGUUGCGAUGUACGCAUUAUCAGAAUUUUGUAUUACCUUAAUAUGUGCCUGUUUUUUGCCUGCCUACUGCCUACUUUGUCUGUGAUUAUCUCGAUUUUAAUUGUAUCACUGGGUUUUUUUUUUGAAGUUUUCGGGAAAGGAAUAUAUAAAAAUUAAUUU